AUGAAGAAUCGUGGGCUACCUAAUUGUAUUAGGUACAUAGGUUACGGCAUAUUCAAUGACGUUAGGAGUAGGAUUCCUCAUUAUAAAUCUGACAUCCAAGAUGCAUGGAACUAUCGCAUCAUCCCAUCAACUUUAUUUAUAUUUUUUGCCAAUUUGUUACCAGCUAUAUCCUUUGCUCAGGAUAUGUAUGAUAAGACAGAUCAGCUGUAUGGUGUUAAUGAAACUUUGAUGAGUUCGGCAAUUGCAGGUGUGGUGUUCGGAAUGUUUUCUGGUCAACCCCUUUGUAUGGUUGGUGUUACGGGUCCAAUCACCAUUUUUAAUUAUACCGUUUAUGAAUUAAUGAAACCUAGGGGUACACCCUUCUUCCCUUUUAUGUGCUGGAUUUGCUUAUGGUCAAUGGUUAUGCACUUUAUUAUUGCAAUCACAAAUAUGGUCUCAUAUAUAAAAAUAAUUACUCUGUACUCCGCAGAUGUAUUUGGGUUUUUUGUCUGUGUUGUAUAUCUUCAGAAAGGUGUACAGAUUUUGAAUAAUCAAUUUUCAGUAAGUCUCGAAAGUGGUUAUUGUUCCGUGAUGAUAAGUUUACUAAUGGUUAUCUUUGGCGUUGGGUGCAAUGUAUUUGGGAAUAAUCUACAUUACUUCAGAGGUUGGUUCAGAAAGAUUUUUAGUGAUUAUGGUAUGCCUUUAGCAGUUAUAUUCUUCACUGCAUUUACAUAUUUUGGAGGCAAUUUAUCUAAGACUGACUUAGAUAAAUUGCCUAUAACGGAGGCGUUUCAACCAACAUACCACGGAACUGAUAGAUCUCACGGUUGGUUUAUCCACUUCUGGCCGCCUGAUAACAUUGCUGUAUCGGAUGUAUUCCUAGCAAUCCCGUUUGCUAUUGACUUAACAUUACUCUUCUAUUUUGAUCACAAUAUUUCAUCAUUAAUGUGCCAGCUGAAAGACUUUCCUCUAAAGAAGCCUUCGUCAUUUCAUUGGGAUUUUGCAUUACUUGGGUUGGUUACUGGAAUCUCUGGUUUAAUCGGGCUACCUGCUCCUAAUGGUCUUAUACCCCAAGCUCCAUUACAUACACAAUCACUAGUUGUUCAUAAUUACAAGACAGGAGAAGUUAUAUCAGUUGUAGAGCAAAGAGUAUCCAAUACUAUACAGGGAUUGCUAACUUUUUUAAUGAUGAGUGGCCCGUUCUUAGUUGUUUUGGGACUCAUUCCCCAAGCUGUGCUAGCAGGGUUAUUCUUCAUUAUGGGCAUCACUGGUAUCCACGAGAACGCUAUCACGAAUAGACUUAGGUAUUUAUUCUUGAAUGAUGAUUAUGUUAAGAAUGAUCCCACUUGCCCACUAGUUUUUAAAGAAUUUGAUAAAUAUCGUAACAAAAAAUGGUUCUACGUAUAUUUAGUACUACUAAUUCUAGGAUUUGGAGCUGAAUUUGCUAUAACCCUAACAAAAGGUACUAUUGGAUUCCCUGGGGUUCUCUUAGUAUUAGCAAUAUGUGCGAAAUGGGUCUGGCCUUUAAUUAUUCCACUAGAAGAAUUACAGUUGUUAGAUUCUCCGGUAGCUGACGAGGUAACGAUUAAGAAUUUGAAAAUAAUGGAUGAAAUAAAAUUGCAGGAAAACUCCUCCAUCCAAAAUAAGUCUGAUAUAGAGGCUGACGUUAUUGGAACGCAAGUAAAAAAAUCAAAGCUUAAACUCCGUAAUAGGAAUCAGAACGUGUAA